CCCAGAACAGAGCAACAACAAGGAAUGUUUUGAUUGAAUGGAAUCCUUUUCCUGAUGGAUUACAAGCAGAAAGAUACUUGGUCACAUAUGGAACAUUUUCUCCACUUUUUUCCAAUUUUGUGGUGAGAUCAGCCCCAACAAGGAUGCACUGAUACUACUUAAAGCAAACUAUUUCUGAUUUGGAAGACUGAUUUUAUUAAAUUUAGAUAAAGCUAGAAAAUUGCAUUCAGGCAAAUAUUGGGGCAUAUUUGAUGUAUUCAGUUGUUAAAACAGAAGCAUAAACAUAAAAUUAUCAAUGUACAUUAAUUUAGCUUAAGUGAUUUUUUUUAUAAGUAACUAAAUUAGUUUCCAGAAAUGUAAAUGAAAAGAUAAUCAAAGGGCUUUGUCUAUAAAGUUGUAGACCUUUGCAUAUAUUAGGAAAUAUUUCUGGUGUAGUUUUUUUGAAUUUACCACAUCGUUUCCUCACGUUAAAUAAGCAAAUUAAGUCAUUCUGCUUUGCAUUCAUUUGGAUUUGUUUCAGCAUUUAUCCUCAGUCACCAUUAAUCAUGAUGCAGUUUUCUUUCAAUUGUCCAGAGAUCUGCUGAAGGAUCAAAUAUCAUACUGUAUGACCUUAAGGAAAAUAUGAACUACUAUUUUACCAUAAAAUCAAUGCGAAAUGGAAAAAUUUUGGACAAUAGAUCAUUUAUCACACGUUUAGUUGGGGAAACUGCCAUUAAAACAAAUAUUUCAACAACUACUGUUUCAUUCAAUUGGAGUGAGUUUGGGACCAGAAGACAUAUUACUACAAUAAGCCUUAAUUGCACUUCAUACACUGCACCACCAAUUACAAAUAAUUAUACAUGGAAUCAGUUAAAACCUGGAACUCUGUAUAAUUUCUCUUUGGAAUUCAAACAAGUGCAUCAUUCAGGACUGUCCUUGACACAAGUAUUUUAUAUUAUGAUUGAAACAGCAUCAUGCCCUCUUGGCUGGGUAGGAUUACUCUAUAGUUGCUACUGGAUCGGAAAAGAUUACAAAAGCUGGAAAGAUGCAUCACAUUUUUGUGAAUCAGCAGUUAAUAAAGCUCAUCUUAUUGAUGUCAAUACCGAAGAAGAACAUAAGCUUAUCUCUUCAUACCUGAGGUCAUUGAAUGAUCUCAGCAUGUUAUGGACUGGUCUAAAUGACAUUAAGGCAGAAACUGACCUUCAGUGGACUAAUGCAUCUCCCUAUAAUUUAAGCAUUAUUUUGUGGCAGACUUUGCCAUUGAAUGAAAGUGAUUGCUAUGCAUUACAGCUGAAUCCAUUGGGCCCAGACUAUGUGUUUACAGGGCUGUUCUGCUUCCUGUCUCUGCCGUAUAUUUGUGAAUAUGAAGCCUUAGUUCUUCCAAAGACUGUCAAACUAAAAUUAGAAGCUGCUAAUGAAAAUGAAGCCACCGUUGUUUGGGAUGAGUUGAAGGAUUUAUUCACCUCAAGGUCUGAACUAUUUAUUUGGUUCCAAACUGUUUCUGGUGGAAGAAAACAGUAUUCCCACGCUAUAUUACUAAAUAUGACUAAAGCAACUGUUCCUGGGCUGCAUCCUGGAAACGAAUACUAUUUUGCAUUAACGAUGAGAGAUGGCACAGGUGCUCAAAGUACACUUACUCCAAUUUUGAGUGUAAAAACAAGACCCAAUCCACCAAAAAAUAUUACUCUUGGAAAAGUGUCAUCCACUGCAGUAGAGGUGCUUUGGAGUCCUCCAGCUGAAUCAGAGAAUGCAUCAUUUCAUCACUAUCUUGUUAGUUAUAUGGUAUUUGGAUCAAAAAGUCAAGGAACUGAAAAUGUUAAAGGGGACAGAACAUCCUUGGUACUCGGAAAUCUCAAACCAUCCCACUCAUACAAAUUUUAUGUACAGACAGUGGCUGAAGGAGGAUCACUAAGUUGUGCUGAAGGACCAUUGCUUGCAAAUACAGCCCCUAGCCCUCCAGUCCGUAUUUACAUUGACAACACUGAUGUUUGGGAGAACAGAAUCAUUGUGCACUGGGAGCCACCGUUAGAAGGAAGUGAUGAAUACUAUCUACAAAUAAAACUAAGCAAUGGCAACAAUGAAGUAAAACAAUAUUCAGUGACAAAUGCAAUGGUAUUUCAAUUUGAUUUUCUAAUCCCGGGUGUCACAUAUGACAUUGAGGUGAUGGCAAUAAAGAGUGGGAAGAGAAGCGAACCAAAAAUUAUUACACAAACUACAAAGCCUAACCCAAUUGAAAUUGUUGCUCCCAUUGAUAUUCAGACUCACUCAGCUGUGCUCUAUAUUGGAAUGCCAAAAGUUGGCUUAUUUGAUGGAAUUAUUGUUAUGUAUGAAAAUGGAAAUGAAAGGAUGCCUAUAAAGAGCAUUCAUGUUAAUAAAACCCUAGAAAACCUGACACCAGGCAAAGAAUAUAACUUUGCUGUUUAUACAACUUGUGGCAACAUGAGGAGCAAAGCCUACAGAGUUCCUGUCGUGAAAACAUGUUUGGCACCACCCACUAAUUUACGUGAAGGAAUAGUCACAGAAACAUCACUAGAAUUACUGUGGGAUAAAGCAGAAGGCCAUUUCUACCAAUACGAAGUGCACUGUCUAAACUGUGAUACCCAGCUUGUGGUUCAAAAGGUUGACCAGGAGUGUGCAGUGUUUAAACACCUGAUCCCAGGAAAGCUGCAUAAUAUUUCACUUCGGACGGAAAAGGAAGGCUUUCGAGAUAGCAAACCAGUGAAAAAAUUAAUACGUACAAUGCCGAGUCCAGUGGCGUAUUUGAAUUAUAACAAGACUUCUCAAUCAGUAACUGUCAGCUGGCCUCAAGCUGCUCAUGUAUUUGAUGGAUAUAAUCUUACAUUAUCCAGCAAAACAAUCCACCAGGUUGUCAGCAUUCCUUUCACUCACUCACGAACAUAUCGUUAUGUCAAGCUGUUACCAGGUACCAUCUAUUUCAUAAGUAUUGAGACCACAAGUUCAACAAAGAAGAGCCAUCCCACUACCAUCAAUGUUACAACAAUUCCAGAACCUCCUGUGGACUUGCAGUUUGUUGAACAGGAUGAGUACUCGGUGUACCUAUUUUGGAAGCCUCCAAGAGGCAAUUUUGAUAUUUUUGAGUUAUCGUACCAUUUAUCUGGAAUCAGUGUAAAUGUAUAUAGAACAACACUACGUGGCAACAAUUUCAAGAUCAAAGGUCUCAUUUCAGGAGUGGAAUAUGUAUUUCAAAUAAAAACAAUUAAAGGGACAGAUGAGAGUGAAAUAGUUGAGAAAAGGCUAAAAACAAAACCUGAAAGGCCUCAACUUCUGGAAGUUUCAAAUAUUUUACCAACAGCAUUUACUUUAUACUGGAGAGCGCCUAUUGGACAUGUUGAUUAUUAUAAAGUUGUUCUCAUUCCUGAUCAAGGCUUCAUUAAUGUCACAGACCUUGGGGAUGGCAAUUUCAAGGCUGAUGUUUCUGAUGCUACCCCAGGUAUGCAAUACACCGUCACAGUUUCCUCAAUUUCUUCAUCUCUUAGUAAAUCUGUCAGCAGAUCACUUAUAACACAUGAAACAAAACCAGCUUCUCCAGAUGGUCUUACAGUAGGCCCCAUUGGAGCUACAGCUAUAAUGUUGGCAUGGAGCUUACCUUCUCGUCCAAAUGGAAGAAUUUUAUCCUACAGAGUAGAGUACAAAGAGGUUUGUCCUGUACAGCAAGCCAACUUUAUCCAAGUUUCAACAAAUGCAGAUACUCCUGAAUUUCUUCUUAAUAAUCUGAAACCAGGGACAGCUUAUAAGAUUCGGAUUGCAGCUGAAAACAGUGCUGGCAUUGGAGCUUUCAGCACUUUUCGGAAAGUUUUAACUGCAGAAAGUGCUCCAGGUCCAGUUUCAUCUCUUACUGCAACCGUAAUCAACCAUACAACUGCUAAUGUGACAUGGUUACUACCUAAACGACCAAAUGGGAAAAUUACAUAUUUCAGUAUAAUUAUAAAGUCUGUAAGAAGUGGACAUAUAUCAAAGAAUAUAUCAGUGAAUGCCGAUACCCUUUUCCCAAACACAUUACCACAAUGUGAGGAUGAUAGUUCGACAGGCACCACUCCCGCAACAUUGGUUUCAUCUACUCCACCGACCAGUGAUGCAUUUUUAACAGCCACACCAGAAAGUCUAAUAGAAAACCACACAUCCGUUGAGUUUGCCAGCAUUAUGGUGGAUCAGCUGAAACCAUACACCACCUAUCUGUGCGAAGUAUCUGCCUUUACAAAAGAGGGAGAAGGCCAAACAGCAAGUACUCUCUUUAGAACUCCAGAAUGGCUUCCAGAAGACUCACCUCAAAACCUAAUUGUAAGCAAGGUUACAUCAAAGUCAUUCCUAAUUAAUUGGGAUCCACCUUCAGCAGUUACAGGAAGAUUCUCUUACAGAGUUGAGCUCAAUGGCCCAUUUGGGAAAAUAUCACAGAACAGCACCAGAGGGAUGAUGUUCUUCUUUAUGAACCUGCUGCCAUUUACAAGAUAUGAAGUGUUUGUAACUGCCGAGACAGUGGUUGGACUUGGACCAAAAGCCAGUGUUGAAAUCACGACAUCAUCGGAAGUUCCAGGCGAAGUAUUUGAUUUAAAAGCAACAAAAGUUGAAGCCAAGUCUGCAAAAUUAGAAUGGGGAAAGCCUCGCCAACCAAAUGGAAUUAUUAUCCAGUAUCAAAUCAGUGUCUUUCUAAAGGAGUCUCAAAUAUCUAUACAAAAUAUAAUCUUGACAGAAAACCAUCAGAAUAUGAAUAUGGAAAACUCUACUGAACCAAAACAUCCUGGUAUGUUGGUUACAGAUGCCACUACAUUGACUUCAAAAACUGAUGCAAUAUUUACAGACUUGGAUGAAGGCUCUGCUGAGCUGAUUUCUGAUUCCUCAUCGUUAGAGCCUGCAGUGACUUCAUCAGCCUUCUCACCAGCUGAGGCACUAAUCCCUGUUAGUUCAGAAUUGCCUGAGACAGCAACUGUACAUGAAAAAAGCAUGACUGCAUCUGUGCCUGAUCAACCAAUAUCAUUUGCACUAAUUUAUUCUAAAACUUCACCGCCUAGUACUGCACACUCAAUAGCUGCUACUGGAUUCACUGAAUUAUUUACUAAACCAACAGACUCUAGUUCCUUGGGGCCCUUUGAGUCUCAUCCUACAAUCAACAUGACUCUCAAGUUGAGAUCAGUGUUGCAUAGGAGAUCAGUUACUGCAGUUGUUAAGGCAGGUGAAAUUUCCCUGACUUCAAGUGCUUCACCAUUUCCUCCUCAGUGGAGGCUUCCGGCUAAUGGCCUUCAAAAUACCACUGAGAGUGAAAGCAGUCUCCAGGUCAUUGACCAUACAUCUGAGCAGCUGUCAUAUGUUGUAAAAGAACUUGUACCUUAUACUGAGUACGUUAUCAGAGUAUCAGCAUUCACUAUUGUUGGAGAAGGACCACCAACCAACAUUUCCUUAAAGACACAAGAAUAUGUGCCAAGUUCAGUGCAGAAUGUAACAUAUCAAAAUAUCACUUCUACAUCUAUUCUGAUAUUAUGGGACCCACCUGCUAUUUCGAAUGGCAUCAUAACUCAUUACACUAUCUAUGCUGUGGAGAAAGGCACAAAUGAAGCAUUUCAAAAGGUUGUGAUGAGUAACAACAUUACUCUAACAGCUUUAAAAAAAUUUACGGACUACAAGAUGAGGGUAACAGCAUCAACCUCUGUAGGGGAAAGCUCAGUCUCUGAUAAAGAUGAUAUUUUUGUGCGAACUCUUGAAGAUGAACCAGAAACACCACCUGAAAACUUAACCUUCCAAAAUGUAACUGAAACAUCUGCAUACUUAGGCUGGUCACCUCCAGAGAAACCCAAUGGAAUUAUUAUAUACUAUGAAGUUACAUACACCAAUUAUACAGACUCAGUAACGACGAACAGUUCAGAAACAAACAUUUACCUAGAAAACCUAAAGAAAUUUUCUUCCUAUAAUGUCUCUGUUAAAGCAUAUACCAAGUACGGCCAUGGGAAUCAAACCUCUCCAAUUGCGCUCUUGGUGACAAAACAUGAUGUUCCAGAUAGUGCACCUCAAAAUAUCACGUACAUUUUUCACACUCCUUCUGAGGUUGAAAUAUCCUUUCUUCCACCACCAACUCCUAAUGGAAUUAUUCAGUUCUAUACACUGUACCUUGGAGCUCAAAACAGUAGUGAUAUGCUGAUUACAAACAGUACGAAUUUAACCAUCACUAUCACAGGUUUAAAAGCUAAUGAAAAGUAUUCCAUAAAAAUUUCUGCAAGCACAAGCAAAGGUGAAGGAAUUCAAAGUCAACCAGUGUACAUUUUAAUUGGAGAAGGUGUGCCUGGCUCUCCUCCGCAAUCAGUUAAAACAAACCAGUUAUCCGCUACCACUGUACUUCUGUCAUGGAAACCUCCUCUGGAACCAAAUGGAGUGAUUCUGUAUUACACAAUCUAUGUUUGGAGCACAACAACACAACUCGUUUUAAACGAGACUGAAACAUCUGUACUGCUGAAAAACCUGGACAAUAAUACUGAAUAUUAUGCUUUUGUAACAGCAAGUACAAGGCUAGGUGAUGGAGGGAUGAAAAGUAAUAAUGUCACAUUUCGAACAUCUGAGAAUUCAAGGAUCCCUGAAGGCACUAUCUCCUAUGUCAACAAAAGUUCCACUUCUGUUCAAGUAUUUUGGAACCUUUCUUCCAAAGCAACCGGAUAUGUUCAAUAUUACACAAUUCACUACAGGAAUACGUCUGCUGUUUUUACUCAGAACAUAACAGAUAUUGAUCAAACAAGUCUUAGUGAAAAUGCAAAUGUGACAAUACUUUUGAUUAAUUUGGCAAAAUUCAGCCAUUAUGAAAUAUGGAUGACUGCCUCCAAUAUGCUGGCAGAUGAAAUUCAGAUAAGUGAAUUGAUCCAUGUGUACACUGAUGAAGAUGUACCAUCAGCUCCUCCACUAGAUUUGAUGAUAGUAAACUAUACAGCAGAUUCUGUCUUGGUUAGCUGGAAACCGAGUCCUAUGCCAAAUGGUAUUGUGCAGUUCUACAGUUUUAAAAUAAUUGACAACACAAAAGAAAGCACAUAUAUUAUGAAUACGACAGCAUUAUAUCAUGAAGCAUCUCUCACUGGCUUUGAACCAUUGCAUGAAUAUCAUAUCAGUGUGUCGGCUUUUACGAAAGUGGGAAAUGGAGAUCAAUUUAGUAACGUAGUCAUUUUCAAAAUAAAUGAAUCAGUUCCAGAUACUAUUCAAAAUCUUCAGUGCAAUGCAUCAAGUUGGCAGUCAGUCAUUGUUGAGUGGGAUCCUCCAUUAAAAUCAGAUGGAAUGAUCAUCAAUUAUGCACUUGUGUUUGAAAAUUAUGUUCAAACCGUCGCUGACAGUGAUCGUGUACAUACCUUUAGUGGGCUGCUAUCAAAUACAUCCUAUCAGUUCAGUGUAAUGGCUGUUAGCUCUGUGGGCCGAGGCGAAAGCGAAAACUGUACUGUGACUACAUUAUUGGAAUCAGUUCCAAGUGCUCCUAAGAAUCUAGAGAUAAUUGGCGUUCAAUCAACCUAUGUUAUUUUGAAGUGGACACAUCCUGAUAUUAUCCCUGGGUAUUUAAGGCUUUUCAGGAUUAUUAUACAACUACGCUCUGCAUUGUGCAUGAACUGGGAUACUCAAGGAUGCCUUGAAGCUGAGAAAACUCAAGAUCAUAACAUUGAUAAUGAUAAUUACACCAUGGAGGCAAUUGUACAUGGAUUAAAGAAAUUCCGAUGGUACAGAUUUAGGGUUGCUGCCAGUACUAAUGCUGGAUUUGGCAACUAUUCAGCUUGGAUGGCUACAAAAACAGCUGUUGGCUAUCCAGACAGACCUCCUGAAAAUGUUACUGUUACAGUAAAAUCCUCUGACACCAUUGAGAUUAGCUGGGGAGAGCCUGCAAUUUUCACUGGUCCAACGUCUUAUCUAAUAGAUGUAACAAUGGUAGGCAGUGAGGACUUCAACAUGACCAUUCUUAGAUCAGAGAAACAGAACAAAAUGUGCGAGGUAUCUGGUUUGAAGCCAUUCACAAAAUACUCUGUCGUCAUUGUAGCAUUUACAGAUAGAGAGGAAGAUGCCCGAAUACAUGGCAAAGCCAGUGAGCCAAUCAUUGUUCGGACGCUUGAGGCUUUGCCUCAAGACGCACCACAGAAUUUUAACCUUCAAAAGAUACCUGACGAAGUGACAAUGGUUUAUGUAUCUUUUUUGCCACCAUCUCUGCCAAAUGGUAUUGUUCAGGUAUACCAAGCGAUUAUUGAUAAAGAAGGAGAAACAUUUGAACGCCAUGUAAGCAAUCUGAAAAUUGUUAAAAACAAUCAAUCACUGACUGCUGUCAUAGAAGGGUUAAAAGGUGGAAAUACAUACAUCAUACGGGUCCGUGCUGUAAAUGGAGCUGGUGCUGGGCCACAAACAUUAGAACAGAAAGUAACUAUGGAUGUGAAAGCUCCACCAAAACCUACUUUUAAACCAGCUGUUGCUUUAGACAAAAAUGGAGCAUUACAGGUCACUUCUACAACUAUGACUAUCAGAAUGCCUGUAUGUUAUUUCACAGAUGAACAUGGUUCCAUCAAAAAAAUACAAGUAAUAGUGACUGAAAUAAGAGCUAUGAAUGACGUAAAUAUUUCUACGUGGUAUGAUGCUUAUGUAAGAAAACCAAAACCAUAUUUUACAAAUGAAGGAUUUCAAAAUCCACACUGCAGUGAAACAAAUACAUAUCAACAGAAUACUAUUGAAGAAACAUACACCAUUGGAAGUGAAAAAUCAUGCCAACAAAAUAUAGAUAAAAUUUGCAACGGACCAUUAAAACAUGAUAAACAGUACUUAUUCAAGUUCAGAGCAACAAACUUUCAAAGACAAUUUACUGAUUCAGAUUACUCUGAUCCAGUCAAGACCCUCGCUGAAGGUCUAUCAGGAAGGACAAUUGAAAUAAUACUUGCAGUGACAUUGUGUGUGCUUUCUGUCGCUCUCCUUGUGAUAGCUGCUUAUGUAAUUGCGAGAAUAAGACAGAAACAGAAGGAAGGAGGCACAUAUUCUCCAAGGGAUGCAGAAAUUGUUGACACUAAAUUCAAACUGGACCAGAUGAUUGCGGUGACUGACCUGGAACUAAAGGAGGAGAAGUUGACACGUUAUUCCUCGAUAUUCUUUAGACGCAAGGAAAUGUAUGUCAUCCAAUUACUCAGUUAUAGGAAAUCUCUCAAGCCCAUUAGCAAGAAGUCAUUCUUGCAGCAUGUGGAAGAUCUGUGUAUUAACAACAACCUGAAGUUUCAAGAAGAAUUUUCGGAGCUCCCCAAGCUGGAUCAGGAACUUACAUCAUCUGAUGCUGACUUGCCCUGGAAUCGAACCAAGAAUCGCUUUGCAAAUAUAAAGCCAUAUAAUAAUAAUCGGGUGAAACUCAUGCUUGAGGCUGGUGUUCCAGGGUCUGAUUUCAUCAAUGCUAGCUAUGUUGCAGGUUACUUAUGUCCAAAUGAGUUUAUCGCUACUCAAGGUCCAUUACCAGGAACAGUAGCAGAUUUUUGGAGGAUGAUUUGGGAAACAAGAACUCAGUCCAUAGUCAUGUUGACACAUUGUUUUGAAAAGGGCAGAAUUAGAUGUCACCAGUAUUGGCCUGAGGACAACAAGCCGGUAACUGUGUUUGGGGAUAUUGUAAUUACUAAACUAGCAGAAGAUAUUCAGGCAGAUUGGACUAUCCGAGAACUGAAAAUUGAAAAGUAUGGUGAUUAUACGAUGGUGACUCAUUUCAACUUUACUUCAUGGCCUGAACAUGGUGUUCCUGAGACCUGUAUACCUCUGAUGCAUUUUGUGAAGCUAGUUCGAGCAAACAGGGCCAAUGAUAAUACACCUAUUGUUGUGCAUUGCAGUGCUGGAGUAGGAAGGACAGGUGUCUUCAUUGCACUUGACCACCUUAUACAGCAUGUGAACCACCAUGACUUUGUGGACAUCUUUGGAUUUGUGGCAGAGUUAAGAAGUGAACGAAUGUGCAUGGUUCAGAACUUGGCUCAGUACAUGUUCUUACAUCAAUGUGCUUUGGAGCUAUUGAAUAACAAAGGAACCAAUCGAGCACUGUGGUUUGUAAAUUAUGCUGCUUUGCAAAAAAUGGACUCGCUAGAUACAAUGGAAGGUGAUGUGGAAUUGGAGUGGGAGGAAACAACCAUGUAAUUCUCAGACACUGCGGCAAGUUGUUAAGACGCUUACACUAAAUUCAUUUCAAAGGGGUCUUGCAGCACAGUGUUAGUGCUGUUACCGCUAGACCAGGAGGCCUGGGUUCAAACCCUACCUACUCCAGAGCUGUGUAACAUCCCUGAAUAUGUUGAUUGUAAAUAUUUAAAUCAUUUCAGGAAAUUAACUUAGAAACUUUUGUAUCUCCGGCCCACAUUAGGGCCUUGAUUUUACUAUGCUGCUUAUUUUUGCUCUUUUAUAUCUUAUUGCAUUUUUUUCAUUGUAAAGUGAGCCAAAUAAGUCGUAAAGUUUUAUUUUUCAUGACACUGUUGCUUUUGCUGUGCAUAUUUUAGAUAGUAGUGUGUAAUUUUAUGUGUAAGUAUGUUUGGUUUGGAAGUAAAUAUAAAUUUGAGUUCUGUGUAUUAUUUUAAUCACCAAAGUUUUAUUGUGACUUUUGAAUUAUCUCCACUCCUGAUCCAAUUGGCUCCCUUUGGCUUCUGUAGCUGAACUCUGUGCACACUGGCAGAAUAGUCUAUGGUCCAGAACAGCUGAACACUCACCCCUCUGACACCAUAGAAAUUAAUCUCCCAGUGCAAUUCAGACUGUGGGUCUUCAGGCACACUGUACUAUAUACACAUGCUACUUUGUACCAAUUCAAACAAAGCUUUCUGGUUGGCCCUUGUUUUUAUCUGGAUGUACUUCCAUUCUGUAAUUUUAAUUUUCCUUUUGUUGAAGUGAAGGAAAAAAAACCUGCUUUGAGAAACUAAUCCAUUUAAAAAUUUGCUUGCAUUGAGGACCGAGCAUAAUAUCAAGCAAUCGAAGUGUAAAUCUGACAACUGCGUGUAAAUUAUACCAUACAAAUUUAUAUAAGACUUUGAGUCAGGAAAAUGUUUAAAUAUUAUUUAUUUUAAAAGAAGGUUUGUACCUGACGAUACGUAAUGGAGGUCUAAUGUAUAUAUUUGCUUGAAUUCUUUCUCUCUAUUUUAACGUAAGUGUGAAGUUGUUCAUUUUAUCUUGCUGGAAAGAGACAAGUAACCCAAAGCUUUCUAUCUUUUAUUUUCAGAAUUGAAAGAAUGCCACAUUUCAGACAAUCAUGUCAAUUUAUACCACAAUGGAAAGAUUUUCUUAUUUGUUGGUAGAUUGACCCUGAUUUUGACCCUGAUUGGUUGAGGCAUUAUCAUGGUGCUAGAAAUGGAGAACUGUAGACGACUCAUGCUUCCAAAUAUUCAGAAGCAGCUCAAGCAUUUUACACAUUCCUUUCAUUUGUAAGGGAUGGUUGCCUGUGAUGGAAUAUAUGUCUCUUUGUAUGAGCAAUAUCACUUAAAGUCAUGACUGAGCAACGAGUUAAUUUGACCAACAAGCUAACAAAGCCGUUUCAUGCUGUUAUGAUGCUGUGGUGACAAGAGUGGAAUUAUCCACUUUUAGGAUGCUGCCAUCAAUCCAAACAGAUAUUCAGCUCAUCGCACAAUAAUGCAACUUCACAUAUGAAUUUCAGUUGCCAGUGUGAUACUACAUCCGUAGAUUGUGUAGUGCAACAAUUAGUUGAUCAAAAGGCUAAUUAACUAUAUUUAAUGAACAAAGUUGAAAAUUGCAUUAUAUCAAAGAAAUUGGCUUAUAAAGAUGCCAGAGAUGGUGGUAAACCUGAAGAUUGGGAGUAGCAUAUGCCCUACCAUAGGUGGAGAAGAAGCUGAUAAGGAAAGAGAAAAGAGAAUAUGAAAGUAAGCUAGUAAGAAACAGAAAUGUGUGCUGUUGAUAUGUGAAAGGGAAAGGAUUAACAAGGACAAGUGAGGGCCCAAUACAAGUAGAGACAGAAGAAUUUCUAGUGGCAAGCAAGAAAAUGGAAAAUAAACGAGGUAUUUCUUACCUUCUGUCUUCAAAAAAGAUAAGAUAGAAUCUCCAGAAAUACAAGUCAACUAAGUGACUUUAUAAACAGAGGAAUAAAAAGAAAUUAGUAUUAGUAAAGAGGCAGUACUUGAAAAGGUUUCUGGAUUGGGGGUGAUAAAUCUUCUGGAUCAGGUGCGCCUAAUUCUAGAGUUUGGAAGGAAGUAGCUGUAGAGAAAUUAGAAGCGUUGGUGGUUACCUUUCAUAAUUCAUUACUGUUGCCUGUGCUUUGGACACUGGCAAGUUUAUACGUAAACUUGUUUUAUUUGGGGAAUACUUGUGAGACAAACAAAAAUGUUACAAUUUUAUUCACAAAAUGCACGAAAAACACAAAAGGAGCUGGAUGGCCAAAUGUUACUGUAAACCCUGCUCUUUCAUUAUAAAACUCUAGAUUCUUAUAUUAAUUUCACUACCAAUUGCAACAUUAAGUCUUUGUUGAAAUCCUUGUCAAAGCUACUACUGGCUACCAGAUGGCCAUGCUGUAUAGUUGGCUUUGAUGAACUUGGUGAAGAUUGGUCCCACAUGUGGUCAUCUUUUCCGUCUCUCUCCAAGUAGCUGGAGGUCCACUGCAUUGAGUCUUCUUUGAGGGAAUAGUCACCAGAUUUCCCUUCUUCUUAUCACUCUUUUAGCCAAGUGAUCUUCUUGAUCAUAGUGCAUCCAAAGGGAUCCCCAAUACCAGUUAUGAAAGACUCUGGGCAUUCCAUUGGCAUCCAUUCUCUGAUGUUUUAAGGUUAUAACCCUCCCCAAACAUGAUCAUGGCAGGAACCCAGGGCUUUGGUGAGUCUGGUCAAAACUCUAAUAGAUAAACCGGUCUUGCUUUCCAUGGUAAGUUUGGUUUAUCCUUGUCUGCCUUUGUCUUAAGCAGAUGCUUUGUGCUUGACAUGUCCUGAAAGUUCCAUUGGGCUGGGUACUCAAAGGUUGCCAAUUCUUUUUUGGGGCCUAGCUGUUCAGGACGUGUGCUGUCUGGCCACAAUAGAUUCUGGGAAAAAUCCCUACUGACUUGAAGGUAGUAAUUGUAACCCCACUACCUAAGAAGGGAGGAAGAAAGAGAAUAAAGAACAACCAGCCUUUAGCUUUGCCAAAUAUUAAAAUCAAUUGUAGAGAUGUGACAACAGAACUUUCAGGGAAUAUUUGUAAAAUUGGACAGAGUCAACAUGGAUUUAUAAAAAUGGACAUCAUGUUUGAAAAAGCUGUCAGAGUUUUUUUUAUGACAGUGUUACUUGUAGCAUUAAUACCAAAGAAUCAGAUUUUCAGAAGGCUUUUGCUGAGAUUCCACACGGGGGCUGGUAAGUAAAAUUAGAGCUCAUGAGUUUGGUGGGAAUAAUAUUACUGUGGAUUGGGAAUUGUAAGAAAUCAGCAGAGAGUAGGAAUAAAUAGGAUCAUUCUCAGGAUGGCAGGUUGUUACAAGUGGAAUACUGCAAAUUCAGGAUUGGGUCGACAACUGUUCACAAUCUAUUUGGUUGUAUUUGGACCUUUUGCAAUAUUUCCAAACCUUGUGAUGGCACCAAACUGGGUAGGGGUCAGAAGAUGUGAAAAGGAUACAAGCAGGCUUUGAGGACUUGGACAGGUUUAGUGAAUGGUCUAAAACAUGGCAGAUGUAAUAUAGCGCAAAUAAAUGUGAGCUUCUUCACUUUUGUAGAAAAACAGAAAGGUAAAAUAUUUCUUAUCUGUUAAAUACUAAGUAUAGUUAUCCAAAGAAAUCCAGCUGUUCUUUUAAAUGGUUCACUAAUUGUAGCAGGCAAGUGCCUAAAACAAUCAGGAAAGCAAAUGAUAUGUUGACACGAUGUGUUGGCAAGGAGAUUUCAAUUCAGAAACAAAGGUAUCUUGCUGCAGUUGUAUAGAGCAUUGGUGAAGUCACACCUGGAGUAUAGUGUAUAGUUUGGUCUCCUUAUCCAAAGAAGGAUAUUCUUACCAUUGAGUGAAUUCAAAGGAGGUUCACCAAAUUAACUCCUGGAAUGGUGAGAAUCUUUUAUGAGGAGACACUGAGGAAACUAGGUCUGUAUUUUUCAGAGAUAACAGUGUCAUGCUGGAGGAACACAUUGGCAGUUCUUACGAUCUCUGUAUAUUUUAGAAUUGUGAAGAGUGAAAUCCCAUUCAAAAUCACAAAAUUCUUCCAGUUCUUGACAUGGUAGAUAUAAAUAGGAUGUUCCCCUGGUGGUGACAUCAGAACCAAUGACAUCAUCUUAGGGUAAGAUAUUUAAAAGGAGGUGAGGAGGGAUUUCCUCACUUAGAUUGGUGAAUGUUUGGAGUUCUCUUCGCCAGAAAACUGCAGAAGUUCAAUCAUAAAGUAGAAAGAUAGAAAUCAAUAGAUUUCCAGAGACAAAUGACAUUCAGGAAUGUGGUUGAAAUGGUAGGAGAUCAGCCAUGAUUUAACUGAAUGACAAUGCAGGGUUGAUUGUCUAAAUGGCCUACUGCUGUACCUAUGGCUGUUCAUGAUCGACAGAUUAUAAACUAUUACUCCACAAGCCAGCACUUGCAAAUCCCAGAACAAAAUAUAUUCUUUUAGAUGUGAUCCAUGCUUGGCAGCACUUAUGAACAUUCCUUACUGGACCAUUAACUACAGUAACAACUAAUUUUUGGGAAUCAGUUAAAAUUGUAACAUGAAAUUUUUAUAUUUGACAGGUGACAUGAAUUCAUAUGCAGGGACCCAUUCCUAACAAAACGUUCAAGUCUUGAAGAAGUCAUUGGACUUGAAAUGUUAACUGAAUUUCUCGCUGCACAGAUGAUGCCUGACCUGCUGAGUUUCUCUUGCACUUUGUGUCUUGUGCCUGUUUUGAACUACCUAGAAGCAUGAGAAGCUUAUAGUUUCCGCAUUGCUCUUUCAAUGGCAAUGCUUUAGCUUGUCAGAAUUGACUUGCUAACCAGACAGCUUUUCUCCUUAGUAUAAAUAAUUAUGAUAAUUUGAAAUUUGGCAUUCUUGUAUUUGCCCUAAUCAAUAAGAGCUGAAAAGCUUCUGCAACAUGUCUGUCUUUGCAGCAAUUUGUUUUAGAUGAUUUGAGUAAAUUUUAGAAGGACAAGCUAAGCAUUCCUAUGCUAGUAACCGAGAUGUAAUUUCAGAACCUAUAUUAGUUGAGCUCCUGUGGCUUUGCUCAUGGACCAAAAAAUAUUUUGUCUCCCAUUUCCUUUAGAGAAUCACAUACUUCCCUUCCAUACUUCAAUUCCUUUCAACUUACACGAAGUAAAAGUGUUUUAUUUAUUUUGUAUUGCUGUUCCUAUAAUUAAACAUACUUCAUUGCACUCGCUGGAAGUAUUUUAGCCCUACAUGUGUAAAUGCAGCUACAUGACUAAAGUUAUGAAUGUGAUUGACAGGCUAACAACUGCUAUGAGCUAUGCCACUCAGCAUCCCACAAUGGGCUUCUUCUAUGUGCUACUGUGAAACUGAGAUCAUCAUAAUAAUAGAAUAAUUGUUAAUGCGUGAAACUUAUUUUUUGUUCUUUCAUUAUCUGUUAUUUGUACAUUCUCAAACUAUCACACAAUUACAGAUUGAAUAUUUUUUAAAAUGUUAUAAUUUAGGUAACUCCAUAUGUUUUUUUUAUGACUGAUCACACAGGCCCUGUUAAUAAGUAUUUAAUCUUGAAAUGAAUAGACCAUACCAUACUCAACAAAUAAAGAAAAAUUGCAUGACACUAAAUUGUUUUCGCUCAAUGCAGAAUGCUCAGAUUUAUAAAAAUUAAAGGAUUCUUUAGUAGGAAGAUGCAAAUUUAAAUCUCAAAUGAUUAUGUUGCAUCAUUGGAACAUUUUCCGAUUUUGUUUUAAGAACAUUACUAUUUAAUAGCAUUCUAUUCAUGGUAUUGUUGUUUCAUUACCUAAUGAUAGGCAAACACUACAAUAUAUAAUUUGCAGUAUCUUAAAUCAUAAAUAUUGUAUGUGAAAUACAAAGUACUGUAGUAAAACAAAAAUUGUGAAAAUAAUGGUGUUAUUCACUGCCCAAAACAUAACAUGUAAUUGAAGCAUUAAAUUAAGAAAUAUAUGGUUUGACAAUGUGAUUUGAUGGUGUUUGCUACAAAUACUGUAGUUUCUGUGGGCCUUAAACAUCAUGGGGCACAAUCAUUGCUGUAGGAUAUCUAACAAAGGAAGAACAUGGGCCAACAUCAAGAGGAAGUUAAUAUCACAAUAAGAUGAAGACAUAGCAGCCAGGAAAAGAUUUAGUUGUGAAUUCCUAAGCUUAAUUUCUAAUCAAAUUGUUCCAUCAUUUCUUAAUAACCAUUCAUCAAUAGCUGCAUUAGGAAUAUAGUGAAUUAUGCUAUAAUCAACUCGGUGCCCUAAUGCUAUAUCUAUUUCAUACAAUAGAACCCCUGCAGCGUGUAGGCAAGCCAUUCAGCCCAUCGAGUCCACACCGACCCUCUGAAGAGCAUCUCACUCAGACUCACACUCACCCCCCCUUACUGUAUCCUUGUAACCCCACAUUUCCUUUGGCCAGUCCAGCUAGUUUGCACAUCCCUGGACACAAGGGCAAUUUAGCAUGGCCAAUUCACCUAACCUGCACAUCUUUGGAGUGUGGGAGGCAACCAGAGUGCCCUGAGGAAACCCACGCAGACAAGUCUUUCACACCUGUAUGCUGAGUUAUAGCUCAUUGAGGAUGAGUUGUUCAUGGAUCAUCUUCCACAUUUUAGGUAGUAUUCUAUUAUUCAUGACUCUGCAGGACUUAAAAGUUUUGAUUGAAAAUGUUGGUUAUAUGAGUAUUUUGCUUUGUAUGUCUUUUGCUGCUUACUAUACAUGCCAUGUCAUGUAGUGUUACAGAUUCACCAGUUUGUCACCUUUGUUUGGGUAUGCCUGGUGUCUCUCCUGGCAUACUCUCCCAGCAGAAAACAAAAAUAUGCUGGAGAUCACAGCAGGAGAGGCAGCAUUCAUGUAGAGAAGCACGUUAACAUUUUGAGCCUCGAUGACUGUUCAUCAGAGCUCAUGCUCUGGUGAUGGUAGUGAUAGAAGGAGGCUUUGUUCAUAAUAUAGUAAGUGAUAUAUCAGGCCACAAUAUUACAGAUUAUGGUUGAAUAUAAUUCUGCUGCUGAUGAUGGUCCAGCACCUUCAUGAUUCAAAAGUUGAUGAUGGUUCUGGAAACCUCCAGUAAUUACAAGGACAUAUUCUAAAUAGAUCAAGCCUAGUGUGAUUUCAUACUUGUUGAAAACACAGUAAGACAAGGCAAAGACAAAAAUAGACUUUCAUCUCUGAACCCAGGCUAGUAACAAAGUGAGAGUCUUGCACACCUCUGGAGCAGGUGGGACUCAAACCCAGGUCUAUAUUUCAGGGACACUACCUCUGCACCACAAGAGGACCCUUGACCUUCCUUAUACUUGUGGAGGUGUUAAUAGCCUCAGCUGUCUCCUCAGGUAAGCAAUGGUUUCUUGGCCAGAGGGAUUGAUACUAAUUGAUAAAUUGAAACAGGCUUAUUUGCAAACCAUGUCUCAGGCCCAAAACUCCCCUGGUCUUUGGAAAGCUUUACCUGUAAGUUUCUGAAGCCUUGUCUCAGUCUCCUAACCUGCCAGUACCAUCUAGUUUAUUUUUUUUAACCCCUGCAAUUGACUUGAGUCUUCAAGACCAUUGACAGUCAGCCUGUCUCAAGGCUAAAAACUAAGCCUGCCCCACAUCCAAGUCAACUCCUUUGGAAAAUUUCUGAACAAAACCUGACAUUUGACUGAAAAGUGUCUGAGGUUUUGCCAACUUAAUUUUUCUAUGUCUUCAGCAACUUUAAAAGGAAUUCUGCACCUCCUGUCUGGCUGAACCCACCUGAGUCUGAGCUCAACAACAACAACAACAACAAAACAAAGUUGCUGGAAAAGCUCAGCAGGUCUGGCAGCAUCUGUGGAGGAGAAAGCAGAAUUAAUGUUUCAGGUCCGGUGACCCUUCCUCAGAACUGAGCUCCUUCAGAGAAAGAAUCUUCACUGGACACUAACUUUCUGGACUCGGACAAUCAUGUGAAAUAAUAUUUAUGCCU